AUGAGCGGACAGAAGUUUCAGUAUGACGAGAGCGGUGGGACAUUCUUUUACUUCCUGCUGUCGUUCCUGGCGUUAUUGCUGAUACCCGGGACCUACUAUCUUUGGCCACGCCAGCCGAAACAAGAUCCCGACCAGUUAGCCAAAGAAUGCCAGUGCAAUGGGUGCAAAAAGAAAAAACUUAUUCUCCAGUCAAACAAACCAUGGAAAAAUACCAAGGCUUUAUUUGUAAAAUUCCUAAUUAUUAUGGGAUGGGUUAUUUUGAUACUUUUGGCAUACAAAGUCUCGCAGUUUGAUUAUGAAAUGGCCAACUUUGAUCCAUUUGAAAUAUUAAGUAUACCACCUGGUUCUUCACAAAAUGAAAUUAAGAGGGCUUAUCGUAAGCUCUCAUUAAUUCUCCAUCCUGAUAAAGAAACUGGAGAUGAAAAAGCAUUUAUGAAAUUAACUAAAGCUUACCAAGCUCUAACGGACGAUGAAGCACGAAAAAAUUGGGAGAAAUAUGGAAAUCCGGAUGGUCCAGGAGCAAUGAGUUUUGGUAUAGCUUUGCCUUCUUGGAUUGUCGAAAAAGAAAACUCGUUAUGGGUCUUAGGAUUGUAUGGAUUAGUGUUCAUGGUUGCUUUACCGACAGUUGUAGGAAUGUGGUGGUACAAAAGUAUUCGCUACACGGGUGACCAAAUUCUUUUAACGACCACUGAAAUGUAUUACUUUUUCUUCGUGAAAACGCCGUCUAUGACAUUAAAAAGAGUCAUUAUGAUUCUCGCUGCUUCCUUUGAAUUCUUCAAGAAACGCAAUGCAGAAGUGGUUGAAAGAGACACCGAUAAUGAAGAAAUUCCUUCGCUCAUCAAACAGUUACCUAACUUAGGGGAAAAAAACAAAGAAGUACCAUUAUGUAAUAUGUAUUCAAUUAAAGCUAGAGCCUUAUUACAUGCGCACUUAUCGCGUAUACCACUCAACCCUGAAACAUUAGAUAAAGACAGGCAAUAUAUUGUAAAGAAAUGUCCAUAUUUAAUCCAAGAAAUGGUUGGAUGUAUCCAUCAAGUCAUACUUUUAGCUUAUGCUAGAAGAGUACCACGGGUGCCGACCAUAACAACUAUAGAGAACUGCAUGAAACUGUGUCCGAUGAUUGUCCAAGGAUUCUGGGAGUUCAAGAAUCCCCUCCUUCAAUUACCACACAUAACUGAAGACAAUCUGAAAUACUUCCUCGCAAAGAAGCGUCAAAUCAAAAGUCUUCAGCAAUUCGCACAACUGAAAGGAGAAGAACGAAGACUGAUACUUAGAAAUCUGUCGGACAGCCAAUACGAGGACGUUAUGAAAGUUCUCGGAAAUAUGCCGUAUAUAGAUUUCAAAGUACGAUCUGAAGUAAUCGACGAUGAAAAUCCUACUGUCUAUACUGCUGGUGCUAUUGUAACUGUAACAGUAUCAUUAACGCGAAAAGAUAUGAAACAUCUUUUUGGAGAUGAUUCCAUCAAUGAGCAAACGAUGAUCGACGAUAACAAAACGAAUGCAGAAAUGAUCGACGAGAUGUCAGAGGAGCAAAAUCAAUCUGCGAAAGCCGCGAAGCCAGCGUGGCUCAAGAAGAAGAAAGGUCAAAAGAAGUCUCACAAGAAGAGUAUCAAUAAGAAGGCAGCUCCUACUAAAAAUGUUCAAACACCAUCCCAAACUGUGGCCAACAAUACUCAACACGCAGGUAAUGCUGUCAAUGCGAAAAAGAAGGACGAUAAGUCGGAGAAAGAGUCUUCCAAAGAGAAGUUGUCCGAUGUUAGUGACAGCGAAGUCGAAAGUGACAGGAGCGACGACGAGGAUAGUCACGAUAAGAAGGAUAUGUCUCUCGAUGACGAUGAUACAGAAUGGGAAAAGUUCCAACAGAAAAUUACCAAGCGGGAAAGAGUAUUGGAAGGCAGGAGCAAUUUGUCACACGAAGUGCACUGUCCGCUCUUUCCCGACGUUAAACAAGAAUAUUGGUGGGUCUAUAUCUGUGAUCGAAAAAGUCAAACGCUAUUGACAACCCCUGUACACGUCACGUCUUUAGUGCAAUUCGAAGAGGUUCAGUUAAAAUUUACAGCACCGCGCUGGCCGGGUCUUUACACAUUUACUGUGUGUUUACGUAGCGACUCAUAUCUUGGCUUCGACCAAGCUCAAGAUAUCAAGUUGGACGUGAAAGAAGCACCGGAAAUACCAACGGAGCAUCCACAGUGGGACAUCUCGGAUGAGGAAACCGCGGAGGAUGUAGAUGCAGCCGAUGAACAUUCCGAGUUCACAACUGACGAAGACAUUAGUGACAAUGAAUAAUAUCUGUUUCUCAUAUGUGAUCGGAUAGAUGUUCUAAAAGACCGCAUUUUCCUCUUUUUUUACUUCUCAAAUUAAUAAUGUACAAUGGAUUUUUAUACAUGGAAUUGUAUAAUCGUUGAUGUACGUGGACAAUCUAGAAAAAUAGUCCGGUGUGUAAGAUUUUUCAGUGUGGAGAAAGUAUAAUAGUGAAUAAAGAACAUAAUAUUUAUUUUAA